AUACCGAAAUUUGCUGGAAAAACUGGAUUCAAAGGAUCUUUUACCUGCUCUAACUGUGGAAAGAGUUUCACAAGAAGAGGAAACCUUAAGUUGCACAUGAUGAUUCACACUGGAGAAAAACCGUUCACAUGCACUCAGUGUGGAAAGAGUUUCGCUCAAAAAAGAGGCUUGAAUGAGCACCUAAAAGUUCACACUGGAGAAAAACCGUUCACCUGCACUCAGUGUGGAAAGAGUUUUAGAUGCAAAAAGGUUCUCAAAGAUCAUCUGCGCCGUCACUCUGGAGUGAGAUCAUUCAACUGUGAUCAGUGUGAUAAAACAUUUGUUGUGAAAUCAAACUUAAGAAGACACCUUAAAGUUCAUACUGGUGUGAAGCCUAAUUUUUACUUUUGUUCUUUUUGUGGAAAGAGUUUGUCAAAACUGCAGAAUUUAAAAGUGCAUGAGCGUAUUCAUACUGGUGUGAGACCUUAUAUGUGCUCUGACUGUGGAAAGAGCUUUAUUAUUUCCAGCGACUUGAUAAAACACCAGAGGAUUCAUACUGGAGAGAAACCGUACAAGUGUUCACACUGUGGAAAGAGAUUCACUCAGUCAGGAACCCUCAAAGAUCAUGAAAGAGUUCAUACUGGAGAGAAGCCGUACAAGUGCUCACAAUGUGGAAAGAGUUUCACUCGGUCAACUAUUCUACGGACUCAUGAGAAAAAGCAUUGCCUGAAGUUGUUCUGUGACUCAAUGGAAGUGACUGAAGGCAAGAAGCAUUUCAUAAAUAAAGUUGGAAACAUAAUUUUAAAGACUGAACAGAAUUUUGCUGGAAAAACUGGAGUCAAAGGAUCUUUUACCUGCUCUGACUGUGGAAAGAGUUUCAUAAGAAGAGGAAACCUUAAGUUGCACAUGAUAAUUCACACUGGAGAAAAACCAUUCACAUGCACUCAGUGUGGAAAGAGUUUCACUCAUAAAGGAAACUUGAAUGAGCACCUAAAAGUUCACACUGGAGAAAAACCGUUCACCUGCACUCAGUGUGAAAAGAGUUUCAGAUGCAAAAAAGUUCUCAAAGAUCAUCUGCGCCGUCACUCUGGAGUGAGAUCAUUCAGCUGUGAUCAGUGUGAUAAAACAUUUGUUGUGAAAUCAAACUUAAGAAGACACCUUAAAGUUCAUGCUGGUGUGAAGCCUAACUUUUACUUUUGUUCUUUUUGUGGAAAGAGUUUGUCAAAGCUGCAGACUUUAAAAGAACAUGAGCGUAUUCAUACUGGUGUGAAACCUUAUGUGUGCUCUGACUGUGGAAAGACCUUCACUUUAUACACUGGCUUAAAACAACACCAGAGGAUUCAUACUGGAGAGAAACCGUACAAGUGUUCACAGUGUGGAAAGAGUUUCACUCAGUCAGGAACCUUGAAAGAUCAUGAAAGAGUUCAUACUGGAGAGAAACCAUACAAGUGCUCACAAUGUGGAAAGAGUUUCACUCGGUCAACUAUUCUACGGACUCAUGAGAAAAAGCAUUGCCCGUAG